UGCGUGGUGUUGAAAGCUCGCCAGUUCAUUCACACACGCCCCCCAUGCACAAAACACUCCCUCCACUAAUACAACCGUGGGUUCAGGAAAAGAAAUGCUACUCUUUGCCUAACACUCGACUUUUUACGACAGCUUUCUGCAUCUACCGAAAUCUCGCACUAUGGUGUCCCAUAAGGAGUUUGAGACUGCAGGGAAAGCUCCUGGUCUGCAGAUAUGGCGCAUCGAGAGCAUGGACCUCAAGCCGGUCCCUAAGAAUCUAUAUGGCAACUUCUUUACGGGCGAUGCUUACAUUCUGCUGUACACCACGGCCGCACCAUCGUAUUUUAUACAUAUGUGGAUCGGAAAUGAGUGUUCUCAGGAUGAAAGUGGAGCUGCGGCCAUCUUUGCCACGCAGCUGGAUGAUUUUCUCGGAGGUGGUCCCGUUCAGUUUCGCGAGGUCCAAAACAACGAGUCGAUCGCCUUCCUGGGCUACUUCAAGUCUGGCAUCAAGUAUCAGCAAGGUGGGGUUGCAUCUGGCUUUAAUCAUGUGUCGACCAAUGGCGUCGAUGUGAAGCGUCUGCUCCAUGUCAAGGGCAGAAGGGCCAUCAGAGCCACUGAGGUGGAUUUGUCCUGGGCCAACUUUAACAAAGGAGACUGCUUCAUCUUGGACCUGGGGAAGGAUAUUUAUCAGUGGUGUGGCAGCGAGUGCAAUCGUUUCGAGCGUUUGAAGGCUUCCCAGUUGGCCAUUGAUAUCCGGGACAAUGAGAGGAACGGCAGGGCCAAGAUGAACAUGGUGGAGGAGGAUGCAGAGCCAGAAGCUUUCGUUCAGGCUCUUGGGCCAAAAACCAGCAUUGCCCCUGCAACUCCAGAUGAUGAGCAAGUAGAAACCUCCAACAAGAAGAAGGGAGCACUGUACAUGAUCUCAGAUGCCUCUGGAUCCAUGAAAACAUCCGUUGUGGCCCAGAGCAGCCCGUUCAAACAGGAGAUGCUCUCCCCCAAUGAGUGCUACAUCCUGGAUAAUGGAGGCGAUAGGAAUGUGUUUGUGUGGAAAGGACCGAAUGCAAGCGCGGAUGAGCGCAAAGCAGCUAUGAAGUCAGCACAGCAGUUCAUCAAAGAGAAGAACUACUCCAAUAAAACACAGAUCCAGGUGAUGCCUGCAGGGGGCGAGACUACUCUGUUCAAGCAGUUUUUCUCUAACUGGAAGGACAAGGAUCAAACCACUGGUCCCUCCAAGGCCUACACCAUAGGCCGCAUAGCCCACGUGGAGCAAAUUCCCUUCGAUGCCUCCACCCUCCACAAUAGCAAGGCUAUGGCAGCCCAGCACAACAUGGUUGAUGAUGGUUCUGGAAAAGUCCAGAUUUGGCGUGUGGAGGGAGGAGCCCGUGUGGCCGUGGACCCCUCAACCUAUGGUCAGUUCUAUGGAGGAGAUUGCUAUCUGAUCCUCUACACUUACAAACAAGGAAGCAGAGAGCAGCAUAUCAUCUACACCUGGCAGGGGCUUAAGUGCACACAAGACGAGCUGGCAGCCUCUGCUUUCCUUACUGUCCAACUGGACGACUCCAUGGGCGGAGCUCCGGUUCAGGUGCGUGUGACACAAGGUCAGGAGCCACCCCACCUGAUGAGUCUGUUUAAGGGUAAACCCAUGAUAAUCCACAGUGGAGGAACAUCCCGCAAGGGUGGGCAAAUGACGGCGGCCAGUACUCGCCUGUUCCACAUCCGUCAGAGCUCUUCCAAAGCUACUCGAGCCGUAGAGGUUGAGCCGUCUGCAUCCAAACUAAACACCAACGAUGUAUUUGUGCUGAAAACACCAGAUUCUGUGUUUGUGUGGAAAGGUGUAGGUGCCAGUGAUGAAGAAAUGCUCGCUGCCAAAAAUUUGGUGAGUGUUCUGGGAGGAAGCGCCACUAAUGUUGCAGAGGGUAAAGAACCAGCUGGAUUCUGGUCAGCUCUCGGAGGCAAGAAGGAUUACCAGACAUCGCGAAAUCUGCAGAUCAUGGUCAAACCACCACGCCUGUUCGGCUGCUCCAAUAAAACAGGCCGGAUAACGGUUGAUGAGGUCCCUGGAGAAUUCACUCAGUCAGACUUGGCUACCGAUGAUGUCAUGUUGCUUGAUGCCUGGGAUCAGAUCUUUCUUUGGAUUGGUAAGGAUGCCAAUGAGGUGGAGAAAACUGAGUCACCAAAAAUCGCUAAAGAAUAUGUGGCCUCUGAUCCUUCUGGACGUAGCGGGUUGGCCAUCACAACCAUAAAGCAAGGAGCUGAACCUCCAACCUUCACAGGCUGGUUCCAGGCUUGGGACGCAAACAUGUGGGACUCUGACCCUCUGGACAAAAUUCGAGCUCGCUUUUAAAUCGGGAAUUGUUUCUUUCACAUUCCUUGGCAUGAAUUUUAACUUUCCCAUUUUAUCUAUAUCCAAACAAUUUACUGAAAUAUCUAAAAAAUGCAGCAUGACGUUAAAACAACUUGGUUAUGCAAGUUAAUUCAACCUACUAUUUUAAGUUUUGACUUGUUAUAAAAACAAGUUGAAAUUGUUUAACUUAAUUUCUUAAGUUAAAGUUACAUAAAAAAAUUGUUUAUUAUUUACUUAAAAUAAUUAGCACUUACAAUAACAAUAGCAGGAUUCCCUAUGUAGAGCGCUGCCAGAGUUCCUUUGUUAAAAGUUUUUAUACUUUUAAUUGUUACACUUUCAUUAUGACUUCUUUUAAUAAAAACGUCUGGGAUUUUAAGGUAACCAUUUUUGCAGCCAUAUGGCGAAAAAGGAAUUAUUGUCAACUGUUUUUGUUUUACAUUAAGAUUAAUAAAUCAGGAUUUUGAUAAUAUGAAUAACAAA